CUAAACAGUUGUUAUCUUAUUUCAUCAUUGACUUUAACACUACGUGUGUGUUGGAUGUCAUAUAAAUAAAUUAAUUCUAUCUUCUAAACUUGUUUGCUGUUUGUCAUGCCUAUAACUAAAGAAUUAUAUGGUAAAACAGAGGACGGAAAAGAUAUUUUCAUUUUCAGCCUGAAAAAUGGCAAAGUUGAAGUAAGGAUAAUUGACUAUGGAGGUAUUAUCACGAACAUCUUUGUACCUGAUAAAGACGGAAAAGUAGAAGAUGUGACACUUGGUUUUGAUACAUUUAAAGAUGGAUAUGAUACAAGAAGUCGUUAUUUUGGAGCGUUGGUUGGUCGCUAUGCCAACCGUAUUGCCAAAGGUCAGUUCACGUUGGAUGGUAAGACAUACAACCUCGCAGCCAACAACGGCCCUAAUGCACUCCAUGGCGGUAUCAAAGGUUUUGAUAAGCGUCUAUGGACUUCAAGCAUAGUAGGAAACAAACUAGUCCUUCAAUAUACCAGCGCAGAUGGGGAAGAAAAUUAUCCGGGAGAGGUCAAGGUCACGGUCACUUAUCAGCUGACGGAUCAGAAUGAAUUAAUUCUUGACUACAUUGCUAGAACAGACAAGAAGACAGUUAUUAAUUUGACAAACCAUGCUUAUUUCAAUCUCGCGGGGCAUGCUGCAGGAAGCUUGGAUGGCCACAAUGUUCGUCUUGCAGCCCACAAGUACACACCAGUAGAUGAAACAUCACUGCCAACUGGUGCGAUUGAUAGCGUUGCAGGAACCAUGUUUGAUCUUACAACGGACACGAACCUUGCAGACAGGUUGCCUAAUGUACCAGGGGGUAAAGGGUUUGAUCACAAUUUUGUUCUUGAGAAGCCCGGCUGGGAUAAACAUGCUGCAAGGCUACGUCAUAUUCCAAGUGGACGUCAGAUAGAUAUGUAUACAACAGAGCCAGGUUUUCAGUUUUACACGGGCUUUUACGUAAAUAUAGCCAACGCUAAAGGUGGUGCAAAUUACGUCAAGUGGGGUUCUUUUUGUCUGGAGGCACAACAUUAUCCUGAUAGUCCAAACCAGCCUUCAUUCCCAUCAACAGUGCUCAGCCCUGGGGAAACGUACAGGCAGACAACCAAGUAUGUGUUCAGUAUUGCAGAAAGCUGAUCGUGCAAUCGCGUUUCGUUGGAAUCAGUUGCUAGUACUGAAAACUGUGAAAAAUAAAUAUAUAAAGAAACGUU